CGCCCGCGUCCGCCACCGCUGCUGCCGCAGCAGCGUCUGCACAACUUUCCAGUCCGCGCCGCAGCCAGCGGGACGCGUUGCCGCCGCCGCCUCCUGCCUCUCUUCUUCUCGCCCUUCCCAACCCCUCCGCCUUCCUUCUACCUUGGCGACUGGGAAAGAAGAAGCAAUUCAGUCAGGAUGGCUAAAGGUGAUCCCAAGAAGCCAAAGGGCAAGAUGUCUGCUUAUGCCUUCUUUGUGCAGACAUGCAGAGAGGAACAUAAGAAGAAAAACCCAGAGGUUCCUGUCAAUUUUGCAGAAUUUUCCAAGAAGUGCUCUGAGAGGUGGAAGACAAUGUCGGGGAAAGAGAAAUCUAAAUUUGAUGAGAUGGCAAAAGCAGAUAAAGUACGCUAUGAUCGGGAAAUGAAGGAUUAUGGGCCAGCUAAAGGAGGCAAGAAGAAGAAGGACCCCAAUGCCCCCAAAAGGCCACCGUCUGGAUUCUUCCUAUUCUGUUCAGAAUUCCGCCCCAAGAUCAAAUCCACAAACCCUGGCAUCUCUAUUGGAGAUGUGGCAAAGAAGCUGGGAGAGAUGUGGAAUAACUUAAGUGACAGUGAAAAGCAGCCUUACAACAAUAAGGCUGCAAAGCUGAAGGAGAAGUAUGAGAAGGAUGUCGCUGACUAUAAGUCUAAAGGAAAAUUUGAUGGUGCAAAGGGUCCCGCUAAAGUUGCUCGGAAAAAGGUGGAAGAGGAAGACGAAGAAGAUGAGGAGGAAGAAGAGGAAGAAGAAGAGGAGGAGGAGGAGGAGGAGGAGGAGGAGGAGGAUGAAUAAAAAAACUGUUUAUCUGUCUCCUUGUGAAUACCUUAGAGUAGGGGAGUGCCGUAAUUGACACAGCUCUUAUUUGAGAGGUGUCUGUUGCCCUCGUUAGGAUUAAUUACACAAUUGGAUCAUGAUCAUAUGUAGUCUUUCAAAGUGCUCUAGAAAUUGUCAGUGGUUUACAUGAAGUGGUAAUGGGUGUCUGGAGCACCCUGAAACUGUAUCAAAGUUGUACAUAUUUCCAAACAUUUUUAAAAUGAAAAGGCUCUCAUGUUCUCCUCACUCUGUGCACUUUGCUGUUGGUAUGACAAGGCAUUUAAAGAUGUUCCUGGCAUUUUCUUUUUUUAAUCUGUAAGGUGGUGUUAACUAUAUGGUUAUGGGCUAGAAAUCCUGAGUUAUCAACUGUACAUAUCUAUAGUUUGUAAAAAGAACAAAACAACCAAGACAAGCUCUUGAUGCUCUUUGCUUGGCGUUGAGGCUGUGGGGAAGAUGCCUUUUGGAGGGGCUGUAGCUCAGGGCAUGCACUGUGAGGCUGGACCUGUGGAUACUGCAGUGGGCAUCCAUUUAGCUUCAGGUUGUUUUGUUUUUGUAUAUAGUGACAUAGCAUUCUGCCGUUUUUAGCUGUGGAAGAGGGGGGGUCAGCUGGCAUGAGAAGUGUUUGGAUCUUUUUUAGUUAAGUGCAGUAGUUUUAAACUGUUUGUUUUUAAACAAACUAGAACUCUUCAUUGUCAGCAAAGGGUCACUGCAUCAAUGAAAGUUGAAGAACCUUCUGUACUAAACACAAUUGGAAACAUUUUGUUAAUUUUUUUUGUAUGUUUAGAAUGCUGAGAUGUUUUGAAGUUAAAUAAACAGUAUUACAUUUUUAAAGCUGUUCUCU